AUGAUUAUUUGUUUAUUGCCUCAGGAUAUUGUUACAGGCCCUAAGCAGCCAUCUGAACCCUUUGACGAAGAUGAUUCCUCUGACGACGAUGAUAAGGUUGAUCCAGUUUUGAAGAAAGAGUUCUAUCGCCAACUUCACGAGUCCGAUGGAUUCGAUGUUGACAUAACUCUUCCAAACAGUUCAUUCUCUACGUUCAAAUGUGAUGACAACAAUCGAGAUUCAGAUCGUGACAUGCUUGACAUUUAUGCUAGAGUAGCACUCCAUUGGUACAAUUUUCACAAGGGCUCUAACUUCCAGUUAUCGACCAUAUACAAAUAUAAUUCAUUACUAUGGAAUAUUUUCUUUUACGUUUACCACAUAACAUUGGAGGCGAUGGAUCCAACAGACGAAUCCUGUUUCACUUUCCAAGCGUCUGUUACAAAUGAUGCGCGUGUAUAUGACAAAGAGUUGAAGAUAGUUUUGGACGGUUGUAGGAUAAAACCUCAAAUUCCAGGUACUGGAGACAAAAUAGAUCGAUGGGACUACAUGUAUCAUAAUGAUGAAUUUUACAACGGCCAUCUACCUAAAUGGUAUUCGGAUGACGCAUUAGUGAUGCCAUCCAGUGAUAAGCACAAUCAGUUUUAUCAAGUGCAAGAUUCAGAUAUUCGAGAAAACGAUUGGCUUAACAUGUAUGCUGAGAUCGCGCUCUACUCGCUGCAUGAAGGAGAUGGAUCGUUGCUAGAGUCUUGGCUGCCUGUGGAGAUCAGCAAGGUCGUUGUACAAACCUGUGAAGAUGUAAAGUCGUCAAAGGAAACGUUGAAGGCCGGGAAUGCAAUCUUCUACAUUGCUUUCAAGAACUUGAAUGCUCCUCCUAAUGGCCGGCUCCAAGAUCACAGAGCCAUCGUAAGAAGAGUCACCGAUGGCGUUCCGGGACACGUCUGUCUUGAGUUUAAGUGCUGGCGCCAGAAGUAA